UCCACGUGAAAAAAAUGAUGUCUUCGAAGCCUCUCUGGCUACUAGCAGCGCUCGGGUUGAUUUGCGUGAUUCAGCUUUCGACUGUCGACGCCACACCAUGGCACGCCCGGCAGUUACUACGCUACUUCCGCCGUAUCCAGCUCGACAAGACAAAGAACAGUGUCUACCAGGACGAUGUGAAGGUUGGCAUUAGACGGCAUCUGCGUGCUCCACUGGUGCAGAAAGCGUUAUGCUUGCCAAAAGGCACAAAGCUAUCGAGCGAUUGUUUGUACACGAUGGUCGAUAAAGCUCGGCAGCAUGAGAAUAAAUUUUACGCCCGAUUCACCUACGCCUGCAAGCAGCAUGCAGAAUAUUCAGCGGACUGUUUAGAAUCGGGUCGACCGUUGUACUACCAGGCUCUCCAGAACCUUGUCAAGGAAACGUUGAAAUGUUGGACGCUGUAGAUGCUGUUAUUUUUUUUCGCAAAUUAAUGAUUGAUUAAACAAUAAGUUUGCGUAACAAUCGAUUUUUCUGGUGGAUACAUCUAUACCUUUCUGCAGCUUCACUAGAGACGUUUAUUUAAUUUCUUCUUCAAAGUCGCGUUUUUCGACAGUUUUUUCUCUAUUUGUUAUUUUUGUUUGUCUUCAACCCGCUGCCGAAAAGUGGAAUGGAAUUAUUGAAACAAUGCUAUGUCAACAUGCUGCUUAACGACCCAUCUUGAACACGUCACCCGAAAUCCUGAAUAUUCGUCACCCCAUACCCCGAAUAAUACGCUUGAAUCCCUUGAGCCUUAACCACCACCCAAACUCCCAAGAUGGGUUGAUUUGGGUUCAAGCAGAGCUCCAGCCGCCAACAAAAAAGGGUUCCAGCUCUGUUGUUCUAAGCUGCCACUGGUGCUGGUCUAAAACACCCCCGGAAAAAACCUCUUCCCAUUUCUGCCAGUUGGGCAGGAUGUUCUCAGCUCCCACGGAUGGAAUGGAGCUGGAAGCAAAAAGUAUAUCUCGCAGUUAUUAAAACGCUACGCUCGCCAGACCCAAAGUGUGGAAAGUCCAUUACUGCCCACUGUGAUGCCCUAGCAUCCCUUUCGUACCAUUCGGUUAUUCGAAGCGCAAACCAAAAAAAAAAGCUGACAGUAAUGUCAGUCCGUCCGGGCUAAGGGUCAACUAGCUGGGAACCAUGGAGUGCGUAAAGUGACGAUAAAUAAAGCUGCGAAAACAAACUCCGAACAUCAUAAUAGGCGAUAAAGGCUUUCAUUAAGGCAAGUAAUGAAAGGACAUCCA